AUCUUUUUUUCAGAUGAUAGCCCUUCUCAUUCUCUACAAAACUGUAUAUUUCAAUCAACUAUCUACAUAUGUAUUCAUGUAGAUAACAUCAAUUUACAGAGAGGGGUCGAAACUUUCUGACUACCCUUUAUUUUGUCUUUGCGAAAGAUAUACUAUUAAUAAUAGAAUAUUAAAAUAGACAUCAGAGAACGUCACACGACGAUGUUUUUCAUUCUGUCCUGUCUGCCGUAGGACAAUUAUUCUGUCGUCCUGUUUUGCAGGACGCAGGACAGGAUAUGAAGUAUUCCGUCCGACAUGCUAACCUACCAGUCGAUGUUGUCAUUUUAUUUUUUACAAGGAUAAAAACUUGUUUCUGUGGUGUAAUGGUAAAUGAUAUAAAAUUACUAAUCACAUGAAGAUCAUUUAUAAGGUUUCGUCAAUAAACUUAUCACACGUGUUCCACUAGAAAAAAAUGAAUGAAAAAAUAGCAUCCUUAAUGUGAACAAAAGAAUACAAAAAAAAAUAGAAGGAUAUCGGAUCCAAAAUAGAAACAGAUAUGAAUGAGAAAGGAUAAACUUUCUUCAUACUGCUUGUUCUUGAAUUUUUCGUAUGAGUGAAUAAAUAAUAUGCUAUCAAUUUGAGUUGGUGGUACUCUAUCAUGAAUGAAAAACCAUGAUCAUAACCUUAUCGUACCUUACUCAACAAAAUUUUCAUCUUACUUUUUCUUAUACAGCAUUAACCUGAAGGGUCCUAAAAUUGAUAAGUAGCAAAAUAGUAUCAAGAGAAGGUUUACAAGUAAAGUUUUUUUCUCAUUCUGUGGUCCUAGGGAAAUAUUUUCUAACCAUAAAGUUACACUAACCUUGAACAUGCUUUAUGUUACACUACUCGACCUGAUUGUUAGGUUACGCUACUCUCAACAUCUAUACUUAGGCGUCCUGCAGGUCCUGCCUCGUUCUCUGAUAAAUAUAUAAUAAAUUCUAAUGAGAAAGAUUCAUUCAAUUUUAUUUCUAUAAUAUAAGUUGAAUAUCGAAGUUACUUAAUAAAAUCCCAAUGGUCUAUUUGGAUAAAUAUUCACUUAAUAUAAAUAUUCUAAUUGAUGUUCCUCAAGAGAAAUAGUCAUUGAUCUCGGUCAAACGAGUUUAAUAUGCAAAACGAAACAUCACUGUGGUCAGUUUUUUGAAAAAAAAAUAUGAAAAAUGGAAAAAAAUGCAUAUCGACCGGUUCGGAUGUUCACUUUUACCGGAUGCAACACUGCCGUGGAGAAGAGUAGAAUUGUUUUUUUAGAAUUCUCGCUCAGCACAUUUCUGUUUAACCCUUUGACGGUCAGUGGUACAUAUAUGUACCAGUUUUUUUAUUUGAGUUAUACUUGUGCUGUACCUUCUGUUAACUUUGAUCUUGAUGCUUGUUUUCGUAUAGGAUGUAGUCGUUGUUACGCUAAAGCUCUUCCCACCCCCCUCCCGCCACACAAUAGAAGGACUUCUUAAUUAAUUAAUUUUUUCGAAAAUUUGGAACUUUAAUGAGCAUAUUUACAUCAAAAUAUGCCUAGUUUUCAGGAUGUUGUGGUGAAAAUCCUAAAAAACUGAGGUUAGCAUUAUUUCUGGACUUUUAAAACCCUAAAAAUGCCUUCUGAAACAAUAAAAAUCCUUUUGGUUUCCUGAAAAAUCUUUUUAAUAAGAAAUUGUAUUAAAGUUGGAACACAAUAGAAGACCUCCUUAGGAAGUUUUUCACGCUUGGACGUAAUAGUAAACCGGAGUCUUCUAUUGUGGAGGAAGAAGGACUUUAGCGCAACAACGGUCACGUUCUAUAUAAAAACAAGCGCUCAGACUGCAGUUACAGAAGGCACAGCACAAGUAUAACUCAAAAUCAAAAAAGUGGUACAUAUAUGCACCACCAGUCGUCAAAACGUUAACGAGAAAAAAAGAUCAAUGCUGAAAUAUGAAUGUCACUUUAUUUAAUAGAAACAUUUUUUUUGAUAAGUAAAAUUCAAUCAAUAUAUAUAAAUCUUCUAUUAAUAUAGUAAAUAUUGAAAAGUAAUUUUUUUUCUUAUAAAUCAAUCUGAAAUAGAGUGGGAUUUUUAUAUUUAUCUUAUGUUGAAUAAUGGCUUGUUGAUUAUUAAAAAUCUUAUGAUAAAGUGAACAUUUCUAUUAUAAUCAUAUUGAGAAGAAUAAGAAAAAAUAACACUAAUCUAAAACUGAUGUUAACUAUCUCAAAAGAAAAUAACUUAGGAAGACUUAAUGUAUUUUUUUCAUAAAAGGAAAAAGUACACAAUUAAAAUAAGGUUUUUUUUGUAGAUUGUAGAAGUUUUUACGGUGCAUCUUGUAAUGCUUUUUUUUUAACAAAACGUAUUUAGUGAUUAAAAUAUGGCAUACACAAUGCAGCCACCCAUUGUUGGUCACCCGAUAUGUAACAACUGGAUAUUGAUGAAUUUCUUCGGUAUUACCAAAAUAUGUUCUGAACAAGAAAAUAAUACACUCCUAUAAAUUAUAACCAAUCGCGCACGAAAUUAGACAUUCAGGAGCGGCGACCCAUAGGAUCACCGAUGACUGAAUACGAACUAUAUGCUGAAAUUCAUUUAAGAAAAUUGCAAGAGAAAAUAGAUAGUUUCGAUCUUUUUACAAAACGAUUAUCUCGGACAAUAUUAUAAACAUUUUUUAUGUGCAUGUGUGUUCAGCGAUGAUUCUCAAACUAGAAUGCAGUGAGUAAGAACAGAUUAUGAUUAGAUCAAGUUCAGUCGAGCGUCAAGCGAAUUCUGAUGACUACCGUUAGUUGUUAUUUAUGAAGAAUAGUUAAAAGAUAAAGUUAUUUUUGUAAAAGGAAAAUAUAUUUGAUUUUUUUUAUUUAAAAAAAAUUAUUUAAUUUUAUUUUAAAGAUUUGUUUGACGAUACUGAUCAGUCAUCAAUAAAUUUAUAUGAUAAAAUUGCAAUAUGUUAUGUUCGAUGUUCAAUAGAAAAUAUUUGUUUUUCAUCACGUUAUCCAAAUCAAACUCUAUAUGUAUUACUAUAUACAUUUUUAAUAAUGAUUGGUCUUGUUCUUUUUUCAAUAGCAACAACAUUAUCAACAACAAUUACAUUUGUUGCAUUAGAUAAUCCAAAUAUAUUUGGCAAACAACGUGCUUGGGGUACUUUAGGUUCUGGAACAUCGGCGUUUAUUGUUAGUCGACUUUAUUUAUAUUUUAAAAAAGAAUAUAUUUACAUAUUAGCAUUUAUUAUGUCUACAAUUAUUUGUAUAAUUAGUACAAGUUUAAUUAAGCUCAGAUCUGAUAAUUUUAAACAAUCUAAACGAAUUAUUUCGGAUAAGUCUCGUAGAAAAGAAUUCAAGGAUUUUUCUCCUGAUAAUAAUCAAUAUGAGGAUAAUACUACGAAAAAUAAUUUAUCAAAGAUUCAUUUACUAAUUCCAUUAUGCAAACAAUUCGAUGUUAUUGUUUUUCUUUUAACAACAUUUAUCUGGGGAAUAUCAUUUGGUGUUAUGGAUCCGGUAAAGAUUUAUCGUUUUACUGAUUUAUUGAAUGAGAAUAUUUCAUUGAAUUUGAAUUUUUUUCAUUUUUAA